AUGCCCCAAUAUUAUUGCCACAGAUGCACCCGUUCGUUUGAUCUCGAUGCAAACGCUCCGGUGGCUUGUACCAGAUGUCAGGGAGAGUUCGUCGAAGAAGUGAGCACACCAGCGAUGGUCGCCGCCGGAAUGCCACCUGGAUUCCACGCUUUGCAACAAAUCGCAGAAAUAAUUCGCAACGGAAUGGUACAAGACUUCACAGGACUGAUACCGGAAGGUUUGAUUCCACAGGAACAGCAAGGAGAACAAGCAGUCCCCCAACAACAUGCGGAGCCAACAGCCCCGCCACAAGAAGCAGAUCUUGUAGCCCCGCAGCAACGAGCAGCACAAGCAGCUCCACAACAACAAGCAGACCAAGGAGAUCCGCCACCACAACUAGAGAGACAAGCAGAAGCUCCACGUGCAGCUGGAGGAGAUCCAGGAGCUCGUCAGGCUAAUGUGGGCCCGACUCUCGAAGAUUUCAUUCACAGUAUGUUCAGAAUGGAACCGAGACCAGCAGCCGCUGGUGAAGAUCCACAACCAAACGUGACGUUCUCGUUUCAAAUGCCCGGUGGAGUUGGGAUUCAGAUACAUGCACACAGAGCUGGUCCUCAGGAUGCUGCUGGGCAGGUUCCACAAUUUGUUGGCAACAUUCCUGAUGGUGAACGCGUCGAGCUGGAAACAGCUAUGCAAGACUUGUUGGCACAGUUCCAAGGAGAGGGUGGAAUGAUGAGUCGUGGAUUCUUGGAGGCCGAUGUAAAACAGUAUCUGCCGAUGAAAAAGGUCACACAGGAGCAGAUUGACAACGGAGUGCAGUGUACCACCUGUUUCGACACAUUCAAACUUGGUGAGGACGUUGGCGCUCUCGAUUGUAAUCACAUCUUCCAUCGCCCGUGCAUUGAGCCAUGGCUCACUACGAAGAACUCGUGUCCGGUGUGUCGUCAGAAGGUCAGCAUGAAGAGUUGGAAGAGAAACCAUCAGAGAAGGGCUCAAGAAGCGGUUCUCGAGGAUCUCGACUAA